UAUUUGAUUACACCAUGUCGUGAAGGAGGCAACGCCAAAGCAAUUCCAGGCAGUACGAGAGUACGGCGGGUAUGUCAGCCCUGCGGCCUUUCUGCGUUUACUUUAUCCUCAUUUUCCAGGCGAUACUGUCAAGCACGGUUAAAAAUGACGACAUCAGAGCUGUCACAGGAGGCGGCGGAACUAAAGGACCAGGGCAACAGGUGCUUUGCGGACAAGGCUUAUGAGCAGGCGCUCGAUUUCUAUAGCCGGGCCCUGUCCCUGGCGCCCUCCAACCCCGUCCUCCUCUCCAACCUCGCCGCCACCCACCUCGGCCUAAAGCAGUGGCAGGCGGCACUCGACGCCGCCAACAAGUGCAUUGCAGCGGAUCCGGGUUUCGUGAAGGCGUACGGCAGGAAGGCGGCAGCGCAGAUGGGCCUUAUACGUCCCGGUGACGCGGAGCGGACGCUGCUUGCCGGCCUGUCUCGCGACCCGGGUAACGCCUUCCUCACCUCAGAGCUGAACAAGCUGAGAGAGGAGGACGACGGCGACCAGCGGCCGGUGCGGGCGAUGGACGGAUCGGACAUGCCCAUCAGGAACAUGCAGCACAGGACGGGUGUGGACAUGAGCCCGCUGUCCCGCUGGCCCAACGACACCUUCAUCGCGGCGUACAUCGGGGACGAAGAGUCCUUCGCCAAGGGCUUCCAGCCCUCCGACCUGCGGCUGAGGGCCCUGGAGGCGCGACUGCCGCUGAUCAGUGUGGUGGUGUCGGGGGCGCAGAGGACUCGGGGACCCAACGCGGACCCAAGCGGGAAGUUUGGCAGCGACGCCGAGCGCGGCUCCCGCCACUCCGGGGUGCUGCGGCGGUUGCUGGAGGCGGGCGCGCGGGUGGACGGGCGGGACGCGGCGGGCUGGACGGCGCUGCACCAUGCGACGGCCCACCACGUGGUGUUGGAUCUCGCCAAGAUGCUGAUCGAGGCGGGGGCGGAUGUGAACGCCAGGGACAGGUUCGGCACCUAUCCGCUGGUCAGCGCGGUCAUGAGCACGGAGAUCAAGUCCAUCAAGCUGCUGCUGGCGCACGGGGCGGACCCGGGGCAGCGGGACAAUGACGGAGUGGACGCACUCACAGUGGGCAGGUACAACAGUGAGAUCUACGCGCUGCUGCACCAGGCCAAGUACAACAACAUCCGACCCGGUGCGGAGCGGCGGUGUGGGAGCUGCGGCAAGACGGGCGCCAAGAAGGGGUGCAGCGGCUGCAGCGCUGGGGUCUACUACUGCGACCGCGCCUGCCAGGUCGCCCACUGGCCCAGCCACAAGGCCCAGUGCAAGCGACCCGCCUCCGCCUCCUCCACCACCCCUGCUGCUGGUUCUUCCGCGGACAAGCCGGGCAGCACCUCCUCCGCCUCCGCCUCCCUGCCCCGGGAGGUGCGGGUGCGCAUCAUCGAUGACAACCCCAGCGCCACCAUUGUGAACCUGCAAGCCAACCUCACACCCCUCAUGGCUAGCAUCACGGGAACCGCACCCCCCAAGGCCCGGCAGGUCGACCCGCGCACCAGUGAGAUCCCGCUGGAGGCCUCCCGCACCGCCCGGCAGCUGGCGGCAGCGGCGGGCAAGGCGACCAAGGAGGCGGCGGUGCGAGUCAAGAUUCAGGUGCCGCAGUUGCAGGGGGAGCGGGAGAGACAGGAGUUGCGACGGCUGGGUCAGAACCCGGAUGCACUGCUGUGCUACAACCAGGACCGAUCGCUCAUGUGCCAGCUAGACGGCUCGUGUCCCGCGGGUCGCCAGCUGGCUGAGCUCAUCCGGCGGGAGGGCAUCCAGAAGCUGAAGGGCUACUUUGCCGCCUACUUUGAUGAGAAGUGCGAACGGCAGAAUGGCGUACCUCGGGAGAUGGUGGUGGUUACGUCCAUGCUGCCCGCACAGCCCUUCUAGGUAUGACGGUAGCAAGACCCUUAGCUGGGCAGGAUACCGAUAUAGCUGGGUUCUCUCGUUGUGGGGAUUUGCAGUACCGGUAUUGGGGAUUUGUUGGGUUAGCAGGUGGGGGCGGGCGCAUGAGGGAGGAAGGCAGGGAGACAGGGCAAUGAGAGGGCUAGGGGGAGCCGUCCGGGUUAGGGGUAGGGGUUAGGAGCACUGCAGGGAGGUAGGUAGGUUGCUCGGGUGUGGGUAUCCACAUCCGGGGGUGACGAGGAGGGAGGACCGUAAUUUGGUCCUGCCUCCUUGUGUCAGCAGCAAGAGAAGAUCGUUCCGCAGCGCCCGGAAUGUGGCGGCCAGGGAGCAUGGCGAAGAGGUGGAGGAGCGGGAGGAGGGGAAGGCGUGGUGUAGAGAAAACUGGCCGCGAGUCGGAACAUACUGUGAUUCUGUGAUUACCGGAUUGUGAGGCGUGGUGUAUGCGACGCAGUGCAACACAUGUUCUCGUGGUAGCUAUGUGAGGUGUGGCGGGGAUGGUGAUGGCGGUUGGAUCUGGAUCCAGACAUGCGGCUGCAUGUGACAUCCCCAUGUUGGGCGGCAGGGAAACC